AAGCGCGAGUGCACGUGCAGCCCACUAGCGCGUCCUGACUGGCACUCCAAAGCUCAACCGCAUCAGCUCUCCUCCACAACCACCAUGCCGUCAGACUACACCACAGCAGGCGGCGGCCUGAAGCUAAAAGGUGCCGGCGGCAUCGACAAGAAGAAAAAAAAGAAGCGGCCCAAGCCCACCGACACCGCCUCGCACACGACAGCCGUGGAAAAGCGCGCCGCACACGCCGAACCCGCGGACUCCCCCGGCCGCGCUUUGUCGCCCGAGACGGCGGAGCAGGUGCUCAGAGACGCCGGUGGCAGGACGAAAACGGAGGCUGAGAAGCGCCAUGAGGAAUACAGGCGCAAGCGGCUCGAGGAGAAGAUGAAGAGGGAGGGUGUCAAGACGCAUAAGGAGAAGGUCGAGGAGCUUAACAAGUAUCUGAGUGGACUGAGUGAGCACCAUGAUAUGCCCAAGAUUGGACCUGGUUAAGGCGGGUGUGUGGUGCGGAUGAGACACUACGUUACGAUGCCGUGUCUGUCAAUCGCAACGGCGCGCGACGAGCCUGGAAUGCAUUGGCUGCUGCCGCAGGAUGUAUGUGAUCACGACCCCGUGCCGGGACUUCACGCUUUCUACUUGCCGC